AUGCCCACAUGGAAGCAUUUUCAAGAAAAUAAGUUAUCAGAAAUUGUGGAUAAAAGUAUAGAGGUUGAAAAUAUGGAUGAAACCCUAAGAGUAAUUCAGAUUGGUUUAUUGUGUACUCAAGAGUCACCGUCUUUGCGUCCCACUAUGACUACCGUGAUUCAACUGCGUAUGCAAAAGGAGUUAGCAUUGCCUAUUCCAUCAAAGUCUCCCUUUACCGACGAUGCAUUUUUAUCCCUUUCAUGUUUUCCAGGCUCCUCCCAAUGA